CGGCCUCGCGCGCCCGCCCCGGCGACCCUGCCGCUUGGAGCCGCGCCCCCGGGAGCCGCAGUGCCCAGCCGCCCGGGGCCGGCGCGGAGCAGGCGGCGAGAGGCGGCUCCCAUGCGGCACCCGCGUGGCGGCGCGGGCGGCGGGCGCAGGUGACAAGGCGCCAUGGGGCAGGCGGGCUGCAAGGGGCUGUCCCAGUCGCUGUUCGACUACAAGACCGAGAAGUAUGUCAUCGCCAAGAACAAGAAGGUGGGCCUGCUCUACCGGCUGCUGCAGGUCUCCAUCCUGACCUACCUGGUGGUUUGGGUGUUCCUGGUGAAGAAGGGUUACCAAGACACCGACACCUCCCUGCAGAGCAGCAUUAUCACCAAAGUCAAGGGCGUGACCUUCACCAACACAUCUGAGCUUGGGGAGCGGCUUUGGGAUGUUGCUGACUACGUCAUCCCACCCCAGGGAGAGAACGUCUUCUUCGUAGUCACCAACUUGAUUGUGACCCCCAACCAGCGGCAGGAAACCUGUGCUGAGAGUGAAAGCAUUCCGGAUGCCUGGUGCUACACAGACAGUGACUGUCCUUCUGGGGACCCUGUUGUGGCUGGAAAUGGAGUGAAGACUGGACGCUGCCUUCGGGUGGGGAACAUGCAAAGGGGCACCUGUGAGAUCUUCGCCUGGUGCCCAGUGGAGACGAAGUCCAGGCCAGUGAAGCCACUCCUGGGCAAGGCUGAAGACUUCACCGUUUAUAUAAAGAACUUCAUCCGUUUCCCCAAAUUCAACUUCUCCAAGACCAAUGUGCUGGACACCAAAGACAGAGCCUUCCUGAAGUCCUGUCAGUUUGGCCCCAAGAACCCCUACUGCCCCAUCUUCCGACUGGGAUCUGUGGUCAGCUGGACGGGGAGCAACUUCCAGGAGAUAGCCCUGCAGGGUGGUGUGAUAGGAAUUCAGAUUGAAUGGGACUGUGAUCUUGAUAAAGCUCCUUCUGAGUGCAACCCUCACUAUUCUUUUAGCCGUCUGGACAACAAAUUCUCAGAAAACUCAAUCUCCUCUGGGUACAACUUCAGGUUUGCCAAAUAUUACCGAGAUGGAGCUGGAGUGGAGUUCCGCACGCUGAUGAAAGCCUAUGGGAUCCGCUUUGAUGUGAUGGUGAAUGGCAAGGCAGGGAAGUUCAGCAUCAUCCCCACCAUCAUCAACAUUGGCUCCGGGGUGGCGCUCAUGGGUGCUGGAGCUUUCUUCUGUGACCUGGUACUUAUCUACUUCAUCAAGAAGAGCCAUUUUUACCGAGACAAGAAGUACGAGGAAGUGAGAAUCCUACGGGUCCCCCCGGGCCUUGCAGAGUCCUCACAGCAGGGCAGGACCCCAGAGGCAGAGGAGGCCGAGCAGCCUGAGGUGCACCACGGAGGCGGCAGCCAGAAGGGGAAUGGCUGCCCAUGCCAGCAGCUCCUUGAGCCUGUCAGGUCUGGCCACCUGGGGAACGGAAAGGUCGAUGCGGAGCAGCUACAGAACCUGCAGACAGCGGAGGCCUAGCCAGAGGUAUCCGCUGAGAGCAGAUUUGCUGAAGAUGUUGGGGCCAAGGCACCUGCAGCCCUGAACUGAAAAUUGUCUUUGUGUCUGCAUGGGACAGGGGCUUCCAGGCACUGCCAUCUCUUCUACUCUUUGGGAUCUUGCUAUGGAGCUUUUUGUUCUGUGUAUUGGGUGUGUGGCAGGGGUGAGGCAGCCUCCUAGUGGCCAGAGUGGCUCAGAUCUACAAAAGGAGGCCUGGAAGAAGCUAGUGGGGGAAGGUCAGGGGCCUGGGUGGUACUAGAGUUCUUUAUUUUUCUGAAAUGAAAAAUGUUCAUGCAUUCAUUCAUGCAUUCAUAUGAUACAUAUUAUUUGCUAUGGGCUGUGCCCUAUCCAAGAGAUGCUUAAAUGAGAUGCUGACCUGGCCCUCAGGGAGGGGAGCACACAUGUAAUUCCCUCCAGAGCCAGCAGACCUCACACCUAGCCUCAGCCACCCUGGCCUUCCUCCAGCCUCUGGUUGAGACUUUCACAGAUCCCUGUUGAGAAUGGUGGCUCCUUGGAGAAAGACUCUGGCUAACAUCCAAGGGGACAUUUGGCCUUGCCCUCAGGGAAAAAAUUUAAAGGUGGCCGAGGAGGCAACCAGGAAAGGACUGGAUGUGUGUAAGGAGGCAACUGGCCCCUGAGGGGAGAGGCAGCCUCUGAGGGCUUUCAGCUAAGGUGGGGAAGCAGAGGCAGGGAGGCCUCUGCUCCAGUCUAUUCACCCAGUCUCUGGAAGCUUUGGGCAUAGUGUCUCACCCAAAUAGGAAAGCAUCUGUCUGUAUCUUGCAGUUCUGUGCAGCUGGGUGUCCCGACCUAGCCUCCCUCCCUUUCUCCUCCAAGGCUGGGUCUGAAGGGGUAAGGAGAUACAAUAGGUGGAGCUCACUUGGCCCGGAAGCAACUGUUAAUAAGGCGGCCCUAACCCUCACCCCAGCCUCUCCUUCUCCACCCUGCUCCAUCCCGCCUCCACCCUGCAGACCCAAGCUGCUUCACCCCUAGUGGCUGUAGAGCCUCACUACUUCAAGUGUGGCCUGUAGACCAGCAGCAUCAGCCUCAGAACCUGUGUUUCAGCAAGAUUCCUAGGUGAUUCGUGUGAACAUUAUUGGUUGAGAGCCCUGGUUAAAGAGAUAUGCCAAGACUGGGUCCGAGGCAGGAAAAGGCUGGCUUUGACAGGUGCUGCCUAUUUCUAGGCCAGACUUAUACACGUUGUACUUGGAGAGCAAUAGGAUUCCACCCCACCCCAGGAAAGUGGCAAGCUCCGUAUAUUUCAAUUAAAAUAUUUUGACUAGAUAAUACUUACAUGAUUCAAAAACUAAAAGGUACAAAAGAUUAUAGAGAAUGAAAAGCUUCCCUCCCACGAGGCAACCUGUGUUACCCAUUCCAAGAGGCUCUCCUGUUUUGCGGAGCAUCUACGCAGUGGUUCCUUGUGCCCUCACACAGGAAAUGAACUUUGCAUGAUGCUUGCAACAUCAGACCAAGUCUCCUCUGUCAGAAAGGGACUCGAUGGACGACACCUUAAGUACUGGGCUGGGGAGUCUGCUAGCUCAUUUCUCCUUCUUCCAGUGUCUGAGGAGUCCCUGUGUAAACCCCAAGGGAGAGACUCAGAACUCAUCGCUCACUGUUGUCUGAUGGCUCAGGAACAAAGGCCUAUGGUGCUGCCUCUGGCCUGGCAAGCUCCAGGGCUUUGUUUGCACAGUUACCCGGACGGACGCUAGGCAGUGUCCUCUUUGGAAGUGCUCUCUCUGGGCCUCCCUCAAGUCACCAGGGUUUGGUUUUUCCCUGCACACAGAGGAGGACAGAAGCAUCCUUCCACUGGGGGCCUUUGGAGAAGGUCAGAGGGACCUGCAAGAAGGCUGUGCCCCUGGGGCAAAGAAGCAUGGUCCCCCAAACAGCUCCAUGCUCUACAAGGAGCAAGCAGCUCCCUCGUUCUGGGCUGGUAACCUGUCAACAAGCCCACUUGCUCUCUGAAUCAAAAGUGAAUAAACCGGGUGAUCCAC